GUUUCUUCUACUCUGUAUAUGUCUACUUUGUAUUAUAGAAAUAACUAAAGCUCAAAAUGUACAGACAUAUCCUUUGAUUGGAAAUCCAGUAGUAUGUGCUGGUUGUAAAGGCGAUAACUGCAAUUGUGUGGGAGAACAGGGAUCUAGGGGAGCUCCUGGCAGGCCGGGAGAACAAGGCAUAACUGGACCUCCCGGAUUCCCAGGACCGGAUGGCUUGCUUGGAGAAAAAGGAGAUAAAGGAGAAUUGGGGAUCCCCGGAUCUAGAGGUUCAAAAGGAGAUAGGGGUAAAAUGGGGAUGCCUGGCUUCCCUGGUGUAAAUGGCAUACCGGGUCAUCCCGGUCAACAAGGACCACGUGGACCUCCUGGACUCGACGGUUGCAAAGGUGAAGACGGUGCUCCUGGACUUCCAGGUGGGGAUGGCGGACCAGGUCCAGAUGGCUAUAGUGGGACUCCAGGACCCAAAGGAUUCAAGGGAGAACCCUCCUUUGGGGAAGGAGGAGCUAAAGGGCAAAAGGGAGAACCAGGAAGAGAUGGCAGAUCUGGAUAUCCGGGACCGCCUGGUCAAGACGGUCGACCUGGUCCCAAGGGAGAAGGGGGAUACCCUGGACCUCCUGGUCCUAAAGGAGAAGAAGGCUAUCCUGGGCCAAAAGGAAACAUGGCAAUCGGCUUUCAAGGCAGCAAAGGAGAUCCAGGUCCUAAAGGUUUACCUGGACCAAAAGGACUUCCUGGACUAUGUGAUGAGUUUGUAGAAAAAGGUUCUAUUGUUGGGCCCCCAGGAGAACCUGGACAGAAGGGACAGAAAGGGGAACCAGGCAGCAGAGGCGACAGAGGAUUUGAUGGAAUUCCUGGAAUUAUGGGUCCUCCUGGCGAUGUGGGGAUAGUGGGAGAAAAAGGCAUUAUUGGAUAUCCAGGACUGAGGGGUAAAGAUGGCUUCCCAGGACUACCAGGUGAAGUUGGGUUCAAGGGUGAUAGAGGAGAUGAAGGUCUACCAGGUAUCGACGGUCUACCCGGAAUGAAAGGCGACCCAGGGCUACCAGGAACACCAGGACCUAGAGGGUUUCAAGGACCACCAGGAUCUCCAGGAGGCAUUGAAGGAAGAGCUGGACCACCGGGCCCACAAGGUAUUAAAGGCUUCCCUGGACCACCAGGCUUUGCAGGUGCUGAUGGAAUACCAGGGGCAAUUGGUCCCAGAGGCUUUCCUGGAUCCCCAGGAGUGGGAGGAUCACCAGGUCUCCCUGGUAGAGAAGGACCUCCGGGCUUGAAGGGAGACAAAGGUGACGACGGAACACCAGGAACUCCAGGGGUUGAUGGAAUUCCAGGUCUUCCUGGAAUACCAGGAUCAAAAGGAGAGCAAGGUCCGAAAGGAACACCUGGAUAUCCCAUACCUGGUACAGACGGACUAGAUGGCAGUCCUGGGCUGGAUGGAUUACCUGGAUCUAAAGGCGAUAUGGGUCCUAAAGGAGACAGAGGCGUUCCUGGAGACACUGAAGAUGGAGUUCCAGGACCACCCGGAUUGCAAGGAUAUCCUGGAGAGAAAGGAUUUCCUGGUGAACCAGGCCGUUCAGGAGCAACCGGAUUCCGUGGACUAAAAGGUGAUUCCGGUGGAAGCUGUUCAGACUGUCCUUCAGGAGCGAAAGGAGAAAAAGGAGAAAGAGGUCUUGAUGGCGCACCAGGACUUCAAGGAGAAAGAGGAUCUCCAGGAGUUCCAGGACGUCCUGGUGACAAAGGGGACGAUGGCCAACCUGGAUUUGCAGGCACUCCGGGUAAAGAGGGUGAGCCAGGAAUACCUGGACGGCAAGGACAGAAAGGCGAUAGAGGCAUUCCAGCUUUUGUUCCCGGAGAACUUUUAGUAGGAUCACCAGGUGACAAAGGAGAAAGAGGACCACCAGGACUUCCCGGAUUACCAGGUAAAGAUGGAGCUAAAGGUUUGGAUGGGUAUCCAGGGCCUCAUGGAUUACCGGCUCCUAAAGGAGAAAAGGGCAACAUAGGUUUACCAGGUCCACCAGGUCCAGCUGGUCCAUUUGGACCUGCUGGUCCUAGAGGUCCCAAAGGAGACAGAGGGUAUGGUUUCCCAGGCAGUCCGGGAGAAAGGGGUGAGGAAGGUUUGCCGGGCUUGCCAGGCAGAGUAGGUGAUCAGGGACCAAAAGGAUAUCCAGCUCCUCAACCUCCACCGGAUGUAAUUCAGUUGAUUCCUGGGCCUCGGGGACCUCCAGGCCCUAACGGAGAACCAGGAUUACCCGGAUUUGAUGGAAUACCAGGGGAACCAGGACUUCCAGGUAGACCAGGACAACCAGGAUUUAAAGGUGAACCAGGAUUUGAUGGCCUUCCAGGAGCGCCAGGUCCUAGAGGGUUACCAGGACCAAGGGGGGACAAAGGAAAUCCAGGACCACAAGGAUUUCUUGGAGAACCAGGAAGACCAGGACCAACAGGUUUACCCGGUUUUCCAGGAGAAAGAGGUGACAAAGGCGAUAGAGGAUUUCCAGGCGUAGGUGUUAGAGGAUCUCCAGGUCUUCCAGGCACUCAAGGGGAGAAAGGAUUUCCAGGUGGACCAGGACUUCCUGGACAGAUUGGUGAGAAAGGCUUUCCGGGUUAUCCAGGAGAAAAAGGAGAUCGUGGCGUUCCAGGAACCCCCGGAUUUGCAGGACUCAAAGGAGAUAAAGGAGAACCAGCUUUGGUGGGCUUUCCUGGACCAGUAGGACGUACUGGAGAGCCUGGAAUCCCUGGACUACCAGGUGACAAAGGUGCUCCAGGUGAACCAGGCUUCCCCGGAAGCUUCGGCCUGCCAGGUUUUAAAGGCAACCCAGGUUUACCAGGUCUUCCAGGAUUACAAGGAUUUGAUGGAAAGACGGGACUACCGGGUCCUCCUGGGAAAGACGGAUUGGAUGGUCUACCAGGAUUUCCAGGUCUCAAAGGAGAUAGAGGAUCAGCAGGUUUGGCAGGUCAACCUGGAAAACCUGGACUAGAAGGUCUUCCAGGACCUCUAGGACUCAAGGGUGACAAGGGUUUCCCGGGUUUCCCAGGUGAAGAAGGUGCGCGAGGAUUUCCAGGAGAGAAAGGAAAUCGUGGAAUACCAGGAUUUCCUGGUUUGAAAGGAGAACCAGGAGGCUUUUCAGCUAGAGGUGACAAAGGAGAAAGUGGAUUUCCUGGAUUACGAGGACCACCAGGAUUAACUGGACUGCCAGGUUUCGACGGAUUGCCUGGUCCUAAAGGAGAUGAUGGAAUACCAGGAAUUGGGCUUCCCGGACCACCAGGUUCAACAGGAGAACGCGGACCGGAAGGUGCACCAGGUCUACCAGGAAUACCAGGCCCCAAAGGAUUCGAAGGAUUACCUGGUUUUCCAGGACUAAAAGGAAACAGAGGAUUAGACGGCCUUCCAGGACCUCCAGGAAUACGUGGAAUUGAUGGUGCUCCAGGUCUUCUUGGCCUCAAAGGGGAUAAUGGACUUCCUGGAUUCCCAGGGUCGAAGGGAGAACCAGGAAGGGCUGGACUUCCGGGAUUGCCUGGUUUCAAAGGAGAUCGUGGAUCACCGGGACUUGUAGGACCACCAGGAAAAGAUGGACCCCCUGGAGAACUGGGAGACAUUGGGCUCCCUGGACUGCCAGGUGACAGGAGUUUUCCAGGAGAUAAAGGAGAACGCGGGCUUGAUGGAUUACCCGGAUUUCCAGGAACAAAAGGAGACAGGGGCUUGGACGGAGUUCCAGGAUUACCAGGUCUGAAAGGAGACAGGGGUUUUCCGGGACUAGAUGGCUUACCAGGACAGCCUGGACUCCAAGGAUUCCCUGGCGAACCGGGAUUACCAGGUACUAGAGGCAGACCUGGACCACCAGGUUUUGGAUUGAAAGGAGAACAAGGACUAGCGGGACUACCAGGUCUUGAUGGACUGCCAGGAUUACCAGGGCCCAAAGGAUCUGAAGGAGUACAUGGGCUUCCUGGAGAGCCAGGAUUUGCAGGGCGUCCAGGGCUACCAGGACUUCCUGGAGAAAAAGGUGAUGAAGGAUAUUCUGGUACUCCAGGGCAACGAGGUUUCGACGGACUGCCAGGACCCAAAGGUGAACCAGGUGUUCCUGGUUUCCCAGGACUAAAAGGAGAUAUUGGAUUCCCUGGAAUACCAGGAUUACCUGGCUUCCCAGGAGUGAAAGGCUUACCAGGCCUAAGUGGAGUACCAGGAGUACCAGGGCGAAAGGGUGAGCGUGGUGAACCAGGACUUCCCGGAUUUCCAGGACCCCAAGGACCUAAAGGAAUUCCUGGUUUGGAAGGCUUUGAAGGUCUUCCAGGACAACGAGGUUUUGAUGGCCUUCCAGGAGAGAAGGGUGACAGAGCAGAUUCUCCGCCAGAAAACAUCACGCGAGGAGAGAAAGGUAACCCAGGACUUCCAGGACGAAGAGGAGAACCGGGAUUCCCUGGACCCAAAGGAUAUCCGGGAGGAGCGGGAUUUCCUGGAAUGAAAGGCAAUCCAGGUCCCAACGGACCUCCAGGACUGCCAGGACUACCAGGACCAGAUGGACCAAAAGGCGAUCGCGGAUUCGAUGGACUUCCAGGACCACCAGGGCCUCCAGGAGUGAGAGGUGCUCCAGGACCUAACGGUCUGCCAGGAAGGCCAGGUGGAGAAAAGCUUAUGGGGAUGUUAGUGGUACGGCACAGUCAGUCAUACAACAUACCACAAUGUCCAAGAGGAAUGUCAAAACUAUGGGACGGUUACAGUUUAUUGUACAUAGAAGGCAAUGAAAAAUCACAUAACCAAGACUUGGGCUUCGCCGGUUCGUGCAUGCAGAAAUUCAACACAAUGCCAUUCUUGUUCUGUGAUUUCAACAGUGUUUGCAACUACGCCAGCCGCAAUGACAAAUCUUAUUGGCUGUCCACCAACGCACCUCUUCCCAUGAUGCCAGUUGGCGAAGACAUGAUACAAGAAUAUAUUAGUCGCUGCACUGUGUGUGAGACACCUGCCAAUGUCAUAGCUGUGCACAGCCAGUCACUAUCUAUACCAGAUUGUCCAAGAGGUUGGAAUUCCUUAUGGAUCGGAUACAGUUUUGCUAUGCACACUGCGGCUGGAGCUGAAGGUGGUGGCCAGUCCCUGUCUAGCCCUGGAAGCUGUCUAGAAGACUUCCGAGCCACACCAUUCAUAGAAUGCAAUGGAGCACGAGGCACUUGCCACUACUUUGCAAACAAGUUCAGCUUCUGGUUGACGACGGUAGAAGAUGAAGAACAAUUCGAAAGACCUGUUAGCACGACCCUCAAAGCAAAUGAUUUGCGUUCGAGGGUCAGCAGGUGUAACGUAUGUCUCAAGAGUACGACUGUGACGUGAUGAACUGACGUCAUAACGUACGUUGAUAUGUGGCGAUGAGAUAAUAUUGGACAUUUAACGCAAUUGAACUUCUGACUGCUAGAAUGAGUUUCUUAUUGGCAGACCUAUAAAAUGGGCGUGGCUUUAGAUCAUAAUUUAAUCAAUCAUGAUCACUCAAAGCUUCGACAAGUGACCUCAUGAUUAUUAUUUUCGCCCAAGGAAGAAAAUGUAAAUAAGCUCUUAAACUUUGAAAAAAUAAGAUGUUAAAAAUUUAAUUAGUGCACAUUGAUAUUUUGCAUUUAUUAGCGCUUUGCAGAUAUUCAGUCUUUUAAUUGUUUCUAUACGAAACUUAUUUUACAAGUUUUAAUCAGAACUGACUUUGAAAUGAAUUUCACAUUUAGCAAAGCUGUGGAUAUCAAGCACCUAUUACAAGUGAAGCGUUUCAAAAUAGAGUACUUAUAAGAUAAGUACUUAUAUUUAUAUGAAAAUGCUUCAAUUUUUCGCAUUCAAAUAACUAAUCAAAAAUAUAACUAUACAUGUAUGUACAACCAAGCUGAAGUCGAUGAGCCUUGGUGCAAUAAACAUAUAGUAGAACAUAUGACUUGCCCAAAUCUACGUGAAAUAGUUCUUUUACGUAAAUGUGCGCUAAACAAUAAUCAUUUCCGUUGUAAACUCAGAAAUCCUAUUAUAUUUGACAUCCUUAAAAGCUCUUCCUACCCUCUUUUUUUUUCUAAAAUUAAAUUUGGAAAAUAGAAAUAAAGUUGCAAUAUUAUUUUUAUUGUGCUGUUUUUUUCAGCAGCAAAAUUAUAUUGUGCAAAAAUAUAUAUUUUGAUAUUUAGAAACUUAGAAAUUUAUUUCUCAUUUCUUUAAUGCCAACGUCUUAACUUUAUUUUUUUUGAAUAGCAAAAUAAGUACAAUUUAACGCGAACCGAAUUAUUUUUUUCUUACGCAAUUUAUCGAUUCCUCUUUCUCUUUAAUUGUGAAAAUUACUGCUUCGAAUUACUUACUAACUCUGACAAUUGUACAUUUAUUUAAUAAUGCCCAGUAUUUUUAUCGGAUUUCAGAUCUCCUAAAGAUCAGUACUAAGUCCUGAACGAAUCUAGACCACAGCUUAUUAACGUACAAGCUAAAGUAAUAUCCAAAAUAAUUAACGAAUUUUUACAUUGCAACAGACCAGUCCUAGAUCCUGAGCAUGUCCAUAUUACAACUAACCUACUCAUAUUGUGAUAAUGUCCAAUAUUUUCUUCGAAUUUUUAAACUGCCAACAGACCAAUCCUUCAACUUAAACAAUUUCAUAUCAUAGCUGACGUACGAUGCUGCUAAUAAAAAAAAUUCAUAUCAAGAAGAAAAUGUGAAAACAUUUUUGCAUGUUUUUAAAAGCUUGCUUCUUCUUUUUGAAGUUACUGCCGAUUUGCAUUUUCGACAUUCGAAAUGUGUUUCAUUUGAAAGGAUCAAAAGUUCCUGGUCUUCUUUUUAGAUUUCUUCAGAUGCCAAGACAUCUAGUCUCUUCUUGACUAUGCUGAUCAAUAUGGUGCUAACUGAAUUUUCAAGUACUUAAAGUUGUUAACCGAAGACUAUUUGAGCUUUGAAGCUUGAAAGAAAAACUGAUUUACUUUUGCUAAUAUUUUCUAGAAAAAUAUGAGUGUUAUGUGCCUUUUCAAAAAUCUGUGUGUAUCAAAGUAAGAGCCGAUAAAAUGUUUACACUGAAAUUGUAAACUGUAAUUGUUUGACAAUUUAAACGUUGCUGGAUAUUUAAUAAAAUACUGCCAUAUUUUA